AUGUUUUCAGUGCGACCAGUGGCCCCUUCCAGUCCUGACGUGAAGGCCUUCUCGAACCGAUCUGUUACUCUGGUUUGGAAUCACAACACCGCCAAGGCUCAUCGUCCUAUCCUCCGCUUCUCAGUUGUAGUCCGAACGGUUGACGACGACUCGCGAUUUGUGAUUCCGGCUCCAUCAAACGCCACUACCGUGAUUGUCGACAACCUCUCACCCCAUACUCUUUACGCCUUCGCCGUUAGGGCUGAAAAUGCCGCCGGACAUAGUCCAUUUGGGCCCGAGACACGUUUUCGAACACUCGGAGAAGCUCCAACCUCUCCACCCUUGGUACUGGCGAUUCGGAACACUACUGUGGGCUGCGUUUCCAUUGCCGUAGAACCACCAGCGGAUAUGCAUGGCGAUUUGGUUGGUUACCAUCUGCUCUUCCAACGCCUCGACGACAGCGAACCGAGAAGAGAAUUUUUUCCUGCAAACGAGAGCAGUCCGUACACGGUCUGCCGCCUUCAUGCUCGGUCCGCUUAUGCUCUGUCAAUGGAAGCUGACAACGGUUUCGGCAGGUCGCCACCAGCUCGACAAGUCUUCUUCACUGAUGAAAGCGUGCCAUCUGGUGCCCCAACACAUAUCCAGUUGAGUCCAGGAGUCGGAACACCUACAAUGACUGUAUCUUGGAGAAGACCAAAUUCCACGGCCGGUCACAUCACGCAAUAUCACCUUUAUCACAAGGUGACACAAUUUCCAUUUGUUUUCUUCACUUUUGAAUUGGUUAAGUUCCUGUUAUCUAUUUGUUCCCUUUUUCCGCUCAAUUUAUUUAAUUAUUCAUUCAUUCUGACGACGCAAAUAUAG